CGCAGCGCAGGGAUCAACCUGCAGGAGAGUAAAACUCGCUGCAGCCGAACAGAAACACGAACACAACAAGUUUCCGCCAUAAUGGGACUUUCUGUCUUUACUACAGAGUGCAGAAGCGUUUUUACUGAUCGUGUUGAUGUCGGUUAACAACUUUUAGUCGACGUGUUUGUUGGCGCCGCAGUUUGAAACGGAGUUCUGCUUUUGGUCGGAUGGAAGUGAGUGAGACAGGUCAGUUUUAAAAGACAGACAGGUCGGUUUAACGGCGGUUUAAGAGGACAUUCAGCGUGUCUCCGGUUCAAUGUCCACGGUAAACUGCGCCGAGGAGCUGGACUUCAGACUGAUCUUUGAGGAGGACGGCAGACAAACGGCAGGUCCAGAUCUCAAUGUGAGGACGCCUCCCACCUCCACUCAGGCUCUGGCUGAGCAGCUCAUCAACCAGGAGCUGCAAAGUCAUCCUGCAUGUUUCCCCUAUCAGUAUGUUGACUACCAACCCCAGGGGCACCAGUACCAGGCCCAGGGGAACCCCAGAACCUUUGACUGCCCGAGUAUCCAGAUCACCUCCAUUGCUCCGAACAAUCAUGUGGAGCUGGGCAGUAGCCAGGAAGCUUUGGCGGUGGGCGGGGCAGAGGGGGGUUACCCUGAGCUGUCCUGGUCCAGAGGCCAACUCUACCUGCCUCUGGACCCCUGCUACCGGGAUCCAGCGCUCUGCCCAAGCCCCUGCAGCAGCCUGUCCUCCAGGAGCUGGAUAUCUGACCUCUCCUCCUGCGAAUCCUUCUCCCACAUCUACGACGAUGUAGACGGGGAGCUUCGCGAUGCUGCCCGCCUCGCCCUGGGGUCCCCUCAGGGGUCACCUCUGGGGUCCCCAGGCUGUGGGGGAGGGGCCUUUGGCGUGGAGCUAUGGCAACAACAAUACCAACAUCCCUCAGCCUUUAGUCCAGCGCUGUCUCCCCAUCAGUCACCUCGCCAGUCACCCCGCCAGUCACCCUGCCCCUCCCCUCGCACCAGUGUCACAGAGGACAACUGGCUGAACCGCCGGCCCACCUCCAGGCCGUCAUCCAGACCAACGUCCCCGUGCGGGAAGAGACGCCACUCCAGCGCUGACCCCCGCGCCCGCUCGCCCUCCCCUCACCACUCCCCCAGCCCCACGCCAGGUGCCUCUCCACGGGGCAGCGUUACAGAUGAAACCUGGGUGGGAAGCCCCGCCACUGCCCUGGGGCCCCUCCUGAUGUCUGGAUACCAGGAGCUGGACGUCCCCUCCAAGACCAGGAGGACUUCGGGGACCCAGCUUGGCCUCCUGGCCGGUCAAGGAGACCCCGGGUUGGAGCAAUUUUUGGAUUCUCCUGGGGAGGAGGGACGUGAACAGGACGGUCUGGCUGAUCUCUUCCUUCAGGUGCCCUCCCACUUCAGCUGGAACAAACCCAAACCUGGGAACCCUCCUCUGUUCAGGACCUCGUCACCCCCUCCUCUGGACUGGCCUCUGCCUAACCAGUUUGACCAGUGUGAGCUAAAAGUGGAGGUCCAGCCCAGGUCCUACCACAGGGCGCAUUACGAGACGGAGGGCAGCAGAGGGUCCAUUAAGGCAGCUACCACAGGACAUCCUAUCAUCAACUUGAUUGGAUACAGCGAUCAGCCGCUCAGCCUGCAGCUGUUCAUCGGCACCGCGGACGACCGCUACCUUCGCCCUCAUUCCUUCUACCAGGUCCAUCGAGUGACGGGGAAGACGGUUACCACCACCUGCCAGGAGAAAAUUAUUGGUGGCACAAAAGUCCUGGAGAUCCCUCUUCUUCCAGAAAACAGCAUGUCUGCCAGCAUUGACUGUGCCGGCAUUCUGAAGCUGCGAAACGCUGACAUCGAGCUGAAGAAAGGAGAGAUGGAUAUCGGGAGGAAGAACACGAGGGUGCGAGUUGUGUUCAGGGUCGCCGUCCCUCAGCCAGAUGGUCGGAUGCUGUGGCUGCAGACGACUUCUAAUCCUGUAGAGUGUUCCCAGCGCUCCGGCCAGGAGCUUCCUCAGGUGGAGAGCUUCAGUCCAGCCAGCUGUUCUGUGGACGGAGGAGAGAAGCUGCUCAUCACUGGAUCCAACAUCAACUCACAGUCCAGGGUUGUUUUCAUGGAGAAAGGGCCUGAUGGAAGAUCACUGUGGGAAAUUGACGCCAGAGUUGUGCCUGAUAAAAGCAGUGGAUCCAGCAUCGUGGUGGAGGUUCCUCCCUACGAUAAGAAGACGACAGAUCCAGUCCAAGUCCAGUUCUACGUCUCAAACGGGAAGAGAAAAAGAAGUCUAACACAGACCUUCACCUACCUGCCUGGAGUCAGACGUCACCUCCCUGCGGCUAUAGUCAAACAGGAGCCCUGGGAGGCAGGACACAUCUCCCACAAUCCACCUGGCUUCCAUCAGCUGCCCUCCCGUGACCGAGUGCUCGGCCCCGACAUGGUUUACUACGAUUCCUGCGACAUCCCAGUGCAUUGUGGUCCUCCUUCCCAGAGCGCGCCUCAUCUUCAUCACCCCCCUCCCUCUUCUGUCCCCCUUCAGACCUCCUUAAUGUUUCCUCACUCCUCCUCCUUCCCUCCUCCGGCCUCCUCCUCCUCCUCCUCAGUCCCCCCUCAGACCUUGAUUCCUCUUCAGACCUUCACCCUCCCUCCUCAGAUCUCCUCCCUCCCUCCCCACUCUUCCUCAAUCCCUCCUCAAAUCUCCGCGCUGCCUCCCCAGGCCUCCUCGCUGCCCCUUCAGACCUACUCCAUCCCCCCUCCCACCUCCUCCAGUGGACCUCAGAGGGAACACUCCCCAUCUCUGACCACCAGAAGAGCCUUUGUGACCCCUGCUGACCCCCAGAAGGACUCUCUGCUCUCAAGGCCAGGAGAGACGCCGAGCAUCAAGCAGGAGCCAGAGGACCAGCAGAAUCUGGGAUCCUUGGGCCUCCAGGAGAUCACGUUGGAUGACGUGAAUGAGAUCAUCGACAGAGACAUCGGCAGUCUGAGCAGUAGUGCCCAGCCCAACCAGUUUGACCAGUACCACCAGUAUGACUGGGAGCACAAGUCCAGUGAUGCUGCCUUACCGUUCUGCGGAGGCCCUCAGUAGUUGCACUGCUCCCUCAGGAGGUGACUGCAGCGCUUCUUUCUUUUGGGACAAAAACAAACCGACGGUCACGUUAGCACAAAGUGCACCAAGCUGACCUUCAAGUGCCUGAAAACCACUCAGCAGCCUCUGACGAGUCGGCGUGCUCGUCUCAUCAGGGUACCACAUCAGAUUACUGUUUCCUCGUCUGUCUCAGGAAUUUUAGUGCGGAGCCGGCUCGUACCUCGCUGACACACCAAAGAUGUUUUUAGCUUCCCACAACCGAACUGUAGAAUACGACAACAAAAGGGCUGUAAUUCAACUUUUACAUAAUCAGAACAAUCAGUGAUGUCAUCGCAGAAGCUGAAGAAAAUCCUGUCAUUAUUUAUUGGCUCAUUAAUUACGAAAUCUAUUUUUGAUACUCUGGAUCUGAUCCAGUAAAAAUAAGUCCUUCAGCUGAUCAUUUACAUUUUUAUAGCUUGGUUUUACUCUCUGUACGGUUUACAUUUCCUUCUCUGAAUAACGUUAAUGCUGUUCAACCUGAACUGUUUUGGUGUGAAGCUUAAGACACUGAAUUAUAGAGAUGUAUCAUAAGGUUGAAGUAAAAAGAAAAGAAAAUA